GGAGGAGGAGGAUGGAUCGCUGGCCUCUCUCCAGCUGCGGGCAGGGACUUCGUUAACGCGAGCUCAUAAUCCACCCUUGCUGGGAAUUCCUCGUUCCUGGGGAAUAAUUGCAAUCCCCUGUCACGAAUGGGGCUCAAGGGGUUGCCCGCACCUGUCGGGUAAAGCAAGAAGGGCGGCUGGAAGUCGGGAGGUCAGCGAGGACCCCGGCGAAGCAUCCGGCGGCAACAUAUGCCGAGUACUCAUUUUACCGACCGCGGAUGGAUGGGAGGCUGAGUGGACCUCGACCCCUUUUACCGGAGAUUUGACUUCCUCCUUCCGUUGGAAUCGAACUCCGGCCGCGAGCAGAGCUUCGGCUGCGUUACCGCCGCUUGCCACUCUGCGCCACGGAGGAUCUUAAAGCAUUACCAAAACAAAACAAGCAACAAAGGAAGGCCCCAAACAGAAAUAAACUCCCCAAACACAAGAAGCAUUGCCUUACAGAAGCAAAAUCAUGUACACCUCAGCACAAGGAGAAAAGAAGAAAGUAUAAUAACAAAUAAGGCAUUAACUUUUUAAAAGUAAUUUAAAAUAAUGAAUUGUUUAGAAAAAGGUUUGAAAAUAGCGUGGAGCGGCUGAUGGGAAAGUCUUUUGGAAAGCAACCUUGACAACUACAAUCAUUGCUGUGUCCACUUUUCCAGUUCGGCCCCACCCACUUUGACACACGGCCCCCCAGGAGGUUGGCCAUGGGUCAUUGUCACCCUUGGUCCGAAAAGGUUUAGCCACAAGACUUUAAAGGCUAAACCUAACCAUUUGAAACAAACAAUUAGUCAAAACUAGAGAAAAUUUGACUAGAGUGGCCAGAUAGGCGACACAUAAAUUAAAUUUAUUAUUAUUGUUAUUAGUCACUGCCUCUGUUUUCCAGGGAAACAAGGAAUAGGACUUCACCAUGGGCGAGUAUUGCAUUCGCAGGUAUGAAGACAGGGACUAUGAGGCGGUGCGCACCAUGUUCUCCCAGGGGAUCAACGAGCAUGCUUCUGCUGGUUUCCGGCACAUUCUUGCUCGCCCCCAGACCCACCUGCUGGUGGUGGGCAUGUUCCUCGUGGCUUAUGCAAUCUCUGCUUCUUUCCUGUUUUCCCUUGGAGCCGUGUCUGCUCUCCUGGUCGUGGCCUGGAUAAAAAUGAAGGGCGUCUGGUCAGAGUAUGUCCAAGAGGCCCUCGCCAAGGACUUGCUGGAUAUCCGGCAAACUUACCUGGAGCCAAAGGACUGCAACUUCUGGGUGGUGGAGGCCGGUGAGGAGGCGGUGGGCAUCGUGGCUGCCAUCCAUCCGGAGGACCCCUCUCUGAGGCACAGGGCGUUGGAGCUGAAGCGCAUGUCUGUGAAGAAGGGGCAUCGAGGCCACGGGAUUUCCAAAGCGCUCACCAGGACAGUCAUCCACUUUACCCAGGAGCGUGGGUACAAGGAGGUUGUGUUGGGAACCUCCAUGGUACAGUAUGCAGCUCAGCGGACAUACGAGGGCUUGGGCUUCCACAGGGUCAAGGAGGAAUCCCCCACCCUCCUGACUAAGCUGCUGCAGUUUUAUAUCUACUACUAUCGCUACGAGAUUGGAGGGUCUCACUGAGGCCUUUCUUCAGAUAGCAACCCACGGACCGCAGGACCGCGUGGAAGCCUCGGAUCACAGAGCAGGCUGUGGCCUGCUUUCAGACAGGCCGUAUCAGUGAGGGUGCAACAAGGGACGGGGGAGGAAUUCAAUUCAGUUUGCAUUGCAAGGUGAACUUGCCUAAUUUGCCAUUUCCAAAACAAGAGGCAAACCGAAAUGCACCCAUCCCUAAAAA